AUGAUUCAAUUGAAGACGAUGCUGAACUGCAUCGACAACUCCGGCGCCGCGGUUGUCGAGUGCGUGAACGUCUUGAAAAAGAAGCGCCCCGCCACUGUCGGCGAUCGGAUCGUCGUCGUCGUCCAGAAGCAGCGAAGCUUCGGCCCCGACACCACGAACAACGUCGGUAUCGCAAACAAGGUCCGUCGAGGAGACAUCCGCCACGCCGUCGUCGUCCGCGUCAAGAAGGAGAUGCAGCGUCCGGACGGAUCCAUUGUCAAGUUUGACGACAACGCCUGUGUGCUGGUGAACAAGUCCGGGGAUCCCAUCGGAACGAGAAUGAACGGAGUCGUGGCUACGGAACUACGAUCAAGGCAAUGGUCUAAGAUCUUGUCGCUGGCGCCCAUGCAUGUAUAGGAGAGUUUAUACCUUUUGAAAGCGGAUUGUACUUCUUUUUUUUUUCAGAUAACUAGCUUGUAGCAAUAGAAACUUC